AUGGUUUUCUCACUUCAGAAGUGGGGAUUUGAGUUUGAAGAUGAGCAAAAAGAAAGUCAUUCAAAAGAAUUUGAUUCCAAAGAGUUGAAAGCUGUUGUCCCAGAAAAUCCAAUCUCUACUUGUAGAGAACUUGCAGAACAGCUUAACAUAGCUCAUACAACUGUUCUUCAACAACAGAAAAGGAUCGAAAAGGUUUCAGUGGUUGGAAAAUGGGUCCUGCACGAACUGUCUCCAGAGAAUCUGCAACAGUGUGUUCUUUUUGUCGACCUUGCUCCUUAUGAUUAUCACUUGUUUCAGGGACUACAGAACCAUUUGAAUGGUCUUAGGUUGGCAUCAAGGAAAAAGGCUGAAAAUGAAUCGGAUUCAUACUUCACAGCAAAACCUAAACAAUUUUAG